AUGAUUGCGAGAAUUCGUUUUGAACUCAUCCCGAAGAUAGAAGAUUUCUAUGCUCUACCUAAGCAACAGAAAGAAUCUUCCUUCCACUACUUCACUUCCUCUCGUUCCGGGAACGUAGUCCUCUCUAGUCAAUGUUUUUGGUCGUCUUCAUAUUCGCAGCUUUCGUUCUUUGAUGAGAUUUAUAACAUCACUCGUCUUCUCACUUGUGGUAACGGUCAACACGUCGUAUCAAAUAUGUUCCAGGUAGAUGAAAACUCAGGAAGGCAUGGUGGUGAACUGGUUGCUUCUGUACUUAAGUCGCACAAUAUAAAAGAGAUCUUCGUGCUCUGCGGUGGUCACAUAUCCCCUAUCCUUGUUGCUGCUGAGAACCUCGGUAUCAAGAUAAUCGAUACGCGUCAUGAGGUAACUGCCGUGUUCGCAGCAGAUGCAGUCGCUCGUCUUCGUCAGUCAAUUGGAGUUGCAGCUGUGACUGCUGGUCCAGGUUUGACCAACACGAUCACUGCAGUGAAGAAUGCGCAAAUGGCAGAAAGUCCUUUGUUAUUAGUUGGAGGUGCGGCACCGACCUUGCUCAAAGGUCGCGGUGCGUUACAAGACAUAGAUCAACUUUCUCUAUUUCGUCCACUCUGUAAAUUUGCUGCUCGUGUGGAACGACUUCGUGACAUUGUCCCAACAUUACAGCAAGCAAUUAAAGCCGCCACUUCAGGUUGUCCAGGACCAGUAUUUGUUGAAUUUCCUGUUGAUGUUCUUUAUCCUUAUCAACUUGUGGUUAAGGAAAUAGGAUUUACUUCGACACCUACAGGUUUUUUGCAAAAAGCUCUAAAUAUGUAUCUUCGCUGCCACAUAUCUCGGCAGUUCAGUGCUGCUUGGCAACCGCAGGAUAUCACCCCGCUACCCACAACGAUUCCUAUGCCAAAGGCGGGACAGGUGUCGAACAUAGUGCAGCUAAUUCUCCAAGCGAAAAGGCCAGUAAUGCUUAUUGGUAGCCAGGCAACUCUUCCUCCAGUUACUCCGAAAGAACUAGCUACAGCUGUUGAGGCAUUGGGUAUCCCUGUAUAUCUCGGGGGAAUGGCACGUGGCUUACUUGGAAGGGAAAAUCGUCUUCAAAUGCGCCAGAACAGAAGGGAUGCAUUGCGUAGUGCGGAUUUAACAAUCCUUGCAGGAACAGUCUGCGAUUUCCGGCUUUCCUACGGGCGUGUUUUAUCGAAGAAGUCAAAGGUUGUAUGCGUGAACAGGAGCAGGAACCAAUUAACCAAGAACGAGAAAACAUUCUGGAAUGCAGAUGUGUCUGUGCAAGCUGACGUAGCAUCAACGCUCCUUCUUGUCGCCCGUGAAUUGGGAAAGAGAGGCCAUGAAAUGCCAAAUGAGUGGAUAAAUGAAUUGAGAACUAAAGAGAAUGAAAAGGAAGAAGCUCUUGCCAACAAAACGAAGGAUGAGAUAGCGAAUGGCUACAUUAAUCCGUUAAACUUCCUCGCCCGUCUUGAAAACAAACUUCCCAAUGAUGCGAUACUGGUUGCUGAUGGAGGUGAUUUCGUGGGCUCGGCUGCCUACAUAGUGAAGCCACGCGGACCGCUACAGUGGCUUGAUCCAGGAGCAUUCGGAACCCUAGGAGUGGGUGGUGGAUUUGCUCUCGGGGCCAAGGUUGUUUAUCCUGACCGCCCUGUAUACAUAUUAUGGGGAGACGGUUCUUCUGGGUACUCUAUAAUGGAAUACGACACUUUUUCACGUCACAAACUGCCAGUUAUUGGAGUAAUUGGGAACGAUGCAUGUUGGACCCAGAUUGCGCGAGAACAAAUUCCGAUGUUCAGAAGCAGCGUGGCUGUGGAUCUAGCACGUACACGCUAUGACAAUGUCGCAACAGCACUAGGUGGAUGGGGAUCGACUUUGUCCGGCGAGAACGUUGGUUCCACAGAGCAGAUGCUUGAUGAAGCACUGCAACAGAAUGAAAAAGGUCGUAGCGCUUUGCUAAAUGUCCUCAUUGGAAAAACUGAUUUCAGAGAAGGAUCGAUAUCUGUUUAG